GCCGAAAUGUCACUAUGCAAACUUUGCCGGAUCAAGAUCAAGACAACGAGCGAAGACAGCACCACAUGCUGGGAUCUGCUAUCGGGUUGACAGUAUGUGAGUUACAUUGCCGCAAGCACGUGAUGAUGUCUUGUUACUAACUUGGUUGCUUCCCUGAAAUGAUGGAAUCGAACUCCUGGAAUUGCGAUUCUUCUUCGCAAGUGCUGCGUAAGUGCGCAAAGGAAAACGGGUGGAUACAUUUCGACAAGAUGGGAUGCGGGCAUUGUAAAAAGCGAAUUGAGCAACAGAAGGAGAUCUCUGAGAUGAGUUUGUCUGACGUCAAGAACUUGUUCAAGAGCAUGCAGCUUCCCAAGGCAGCGGAGGGUGUGGAGAGCGGUGGAAUUGAUGGGAAAACUUUGCUUGAUCUCUACCGCGACGCUAGCUUGCACGAUCUUUUCGUUGCUCCAUCGCCAGACGGGCUAGGAUUGACACAGAUCCAGUUCAAGGGUCGAUUCAUGUCGGAGAUGAAGCGGCGUUUGGGCCCUCCAGUCAUCCAAACGUCGAGCUGACGAAGUUAGAACUCAAUCGAGCAAGAAAGACGCAAUUGAGGAAGAUUUU